UUCUUCAAAACUAGCUCAUGCAGUGGUGUUUGUACUUCUCUGUUACUGAUGUGGUUGACAGCUAGCAGAUGCGUGUUCAGCGUCACAGGAGAAACAGCUCAUCAAGCUCUGCCUUUCUUCACUUGACGUUGGGUGGGAUUUUAUGCAGUAGCACAGAAAUCUAGCUCCAAAGGUUUGUGAAAAUGCCCUGGACACCGGUUCUUCCAGCUGUGUUUCUGCUCUUCCUGCUUUUCCAGAGUACCCCAGCCCAGAAAGGUGUGACACAGGAGCCAGCUAUUCUCAUAGUUAAUGAAGGAGAGUCGGUCAACAUAACCUGCUCCGUUACUAACAAGGGGAUACUAGUAGGGAUGUAUUUGAAAAGAGAAGUUGUAAAUGCCAUGGAAGUGCUAUACAUCAAAAAUAAUAGUCAUACCAGUACCGUAGACUUUCACUACAAAGACCGCAUCGAGAUCUCCUUACUCGGGACAGAAAUGAGGAUAACGCUGCACCAGUUGCAGAAAAAUGACACUGCUGUAUAUGUCUGUAGUGGGAGCACGCUAGAAAAUUUCGAGCCCCGUAAUGUGUUGAGCCAUGGCACCAUAUUGGUGGUGAAAGAAAUGGAGCAGGCAGAGUGCUGUGUGGCUUCCUGGGUGCCCUAUGUCCUUUCCUUCAUGGUUUUGAUCUCGGUUUCUGCGCUGGGAUACCUCAUUCUGUCUCACAUCGAUAUCAAGAAACACUGCCAAGAAGGAAAGAAAAAGCAAGCAAAUACGGUGUACGAAGACAUGUCCUACACCCAUAGGGUCAACACCCUGGCCACAGGCAACUCUUAUAGCAAUUAUUAACCAGCUCUUGCCAGCUGAGGCAGUGUGGACAUCAGCAGCUCCUUCUCCAUGUGCUUGAGCUAGAAAGGCUGACAUCUGACAGUCAUUCCCUUUAGUGAAAAGAAAAAAAUACCUGCCUUGUGUCCUGUGCAAUAUUUCUGCUUAUUUCAAUCAAUUGUGAAGACCACUUUGGGGUGGGGGGCAGGGAGGUUACUUACAGAAAAUGUAGAGAAAUGAGUGCAUCCCUGAGUGUCUGAGUGUGUGCUGGGGAAGGUGGCAUUAGAUGCUGCGGUGUAUGAUGCAACACCUACCCUUGCUCCGCCCGUUAGUGAUGCUCACAGUCCCCAAUGAAGCAUGUGAGAGAAGUUGUGUCGGGAGUACGGGGAGGCACUCAGGUCCAGAUCCACAAAGGGACUUAGGCACCUCAACCCACACAGGCACCUCUAAGUCCCGGUUUAGGUGCCACUGAGAUCCACAAAACCUCCACUCAGCUUCACCUAACCCUGUAGGUGCCUAAAUGUGUUCAGCGCCUGAUUUUGCAGUAAAAGUUCCCUGGGCACCUAAGUUCCUCUGGGCAAGGGCGCACCUGCCUCCCUCUUGGUGUCUGGCCACCUAAGCCCCAGAGCAAUCCAAGAACCAAGGGAAGAUAGGUACUCCUCCACCUAUCUUACCUGUGGGACCUGAUCCAAUAGGCACGCUCAGACCUUACCUACUGGAUUGGGUCCCACAGAAAAUCUGGCUGGAGGAAAGUGGUGGUGCUGGUGCCUACCUUAUAACAUUCAGCCCAGUGGUUAGCUCACUUUACCGGUAUGUGGGCAACCUGGGUUCAGUCCCCCUCUUUGCUUGAGGGGAAGAAAGGAUCUGAACAGAGAUCUCCCGCGAGUGCUCGGACUACUGAGUUAUGGGAUAUGCUGAUGUGGGACUCUCUCCUGUGAAACCUGUUCCAUUUUGAAUAAAUACUUAGUACUUGGGAGAGAAAAUGGCUCUGCAGAUGGGUGUUUAGAGCAUGCAGUUCCCCUGCUCCAGUGAUUGUAACUAGUUAUCCACCAUGUAAGAGCUUCAACAGGAGAAAGCGAGGGAGCCCAACAACAGACCUCUCCUAUGGCUCAGUGGUUAGAGCACUCUCCUGCGAGCUGGGUGACUCCUCUUCAAAUCCUUUCUCUCCCUCAGGCAGGGUGGGGGGAAUUGAACCUGGGUCUCCCAAGCCACAGCUAAGUGCUCUAAAGUUAGGUGGUAGACACUGCCUCCUCCCGUGGCUGUUUUGUGUGCAGGUGCCCAACUCAUUCUCCCAAGAAACAAGGUAGGAACCUAAGCUGCUUGACUCCAGGCAGCUGGUUCCUAUUCAUGGAUCAUUAGCAGAAAUAGCAGCCUGGUCAUAGACACCUAUCUCUGGGAGAGAGGUAGGGGUUAGCACACCUGCCUUUUGUCAGCAUCUCCCAUUGGCUAGCUGAGGUGGCUCCCUGCCUAGCGUACUGGCUUUUGUAGAGCUCAUUCUAAGGUGCCUCUCUCUCCCCAUGGGAGCUUAGGCACCUAACUCAGGCUGUGUGGAUUGCAGUGUUGUUCUGUGAUUUUCUAGGUAUCUAAACAUGGGGUGUUGCUAUACUCCGCACCGUAACGCCUGAACCCAUGAGGUAGGCUUCAGACACCAUGGUGAUGCACAUCUAUAUAAAAACAUAGAUGGAUAAAUAAAUAGAUGGAUUCCAGCAUUUGCAACAAAGCACAGGUAGCUGGGUAAGUGGGUUUUGUGUAAUCUAAGUAUUAAAGCAGAGGCAGUUCCUCAGAACAGUAUUCAAAACCCAUUUGUGAAAUGGCAACAUACAAAUGUAAAGAGCUUGUCUAACACCCCUGUAGUCAUUGACUAUCCCACAGGGAUGAAGUUGGACCUACAGUGUAUAUGACUGGUCUUGCUUUAGGGUAAUAGCCAGAUGGCUGGGAUUCUUGCAUUAAAUUCAGGAAAUGGUGAGGUUUUCAGGUCCAUGAUAUCACAGAAGCUGCUGUCCCUCUUUCUGAUUCUUUGUCUGUUUAAUGUAGGUUAUUACACAACACAGCUCAGUAAAUCCACCUCAGUGAUGCUGCACUGUACAAUGACUUUCAAAAGUCAGCUAGCCUGGACCACAAUCAAUAGCUAAAAGAAAAGGAGUACUUGUAGCACCUUAGAGACUAACCAAUUUAUUUGAGCAUGAGCUUUUG